UCAUGGCUGCGUACAGGGUCCCUGCUGCUGCCAGAUUCUCAAUACAAUUUGUACUAAAAGAUACUGUUCUGACUUCAAGGAGAAUUUUCCGAGGGUCAGCAUUUUGCACUGGAAAGGGUUACACUGGCUGUAGGACAUGCAGUUCGUCCGCACCACACUGCUCCUCUGAGCCUCCUGCAGCAAAAACGUGUGCCCUCAGUGGACAGUAUGAGCACCUUGUUCAGUGUGGCUCCCUGCAGGAAGACAUUCAGCAGAGAAACGUCCUACAGCAGCUGGCUUUGCUGAAGCACAAUCUGAAUAACUACACUAACAGCAUCAACUUGAACCCAACCCCAACCAGGUUAAACUCAAAAGAUGACAACAGUCAACUUCCAAACGUUAAAUAUGGUGGAUCAACUGCAAAGGAGGGACCCACUCCCCCCCCACCCAAAGGCUUUUACCUCUAUGGAGAUGUCGGCACAGGGAAGACCAUGCUCAUGGAUAUGUUUUACUCCAGUGUGGAAAACACUCGUAAAAAGAGAGUCCACUUCAACGGCUUCAUGCUGGACAUCCACAAAAGGAUUCACCGGAGGAAACAAAGCCUGCCAAAACGAAGGCUAGGGAAAAUGUUCACCCAUGACCCCAUAUCACCGGUUGCCAUGGAGAUCAGCGACGAAACCUGCCUCUUGUGUUUUGACGAGUUUCAGGUGACCGACAUUGCUGAUGCCAUGAUCCUGAAGCAGCUGUUUGAGACGCUGUUCAAGACCGGAGUGGUGGUGGUGGCCACCUCCAACCGACCCCCUGACGAUCUGUACAAAAACGGACUUCAGAGGGACACCUUCCUACCUUUCAUCGACGUGCUGAAGGAGUUCUGCCAAACCAUCUGUCUUGACUCUGGGAUUGACUACAGGAGGCUGGACAAAGCUGCAGCCGGAAAUCUGUACUACCUCACAGCGGCGCCUGGUGCAGAGGCCUCCUUGGAUACGCUUUUUGAGGAGCUGGCCUUAAGUCAAAAGAGUGUUACGGGCCCUCGGCUGCUCACAGUGCUGGGAAGAGACGUGGUGUUGGAAAAGACCUGUGGCUCCAUCGCUGACUGUACUUUUGAUGAGCUGUGUGGCAGACCUCUGGGUGCCAGUGACUACCUGGAAAUGGCUCGGUUCUUUGACACCGUAUUCAUUCGCCAUGUUCCCGUGCUGACACUCGCCCUGAAGGACCAAGCCAGACGCUUCACCACCCUCAUAGACAACUUCUACGACAACAAGGUGAGAGUGGUGCUGCUGGCUGCUACUCCUUUAGAGCAGAUGUUCGUCCACACAGGAGGGGACGAUGAGAGGGACAGACAACUGCUGGAUGACCUGGGUCUCAGUGGGAAGGCAGCGGAGAACCUGACUCUGUUCACGGCUGAGGAGGAGAUCUUUGCCUUUCAGAGGACCGUCUCCAGACUGAUGGAGAUGCAGACGGAGUCAUACUGGAUAAACGGAGAUCGCAGUCGCAGCAAGGAAACAUGAACAUCUCACAUCCUGCUGACUGCCUCAUAGGUGUCAUACAUACCUCCAGACGACAAAGUACCUCACUAACUAACGACACCACACACUAGAUUCUGGUUUCUGAUUUUGGAUCUGACGUCCACUCUGUGCGUUGAACCUUUUUCCUGUGCUGAGAGGUGUGCUCUCUCCCCCUUGUGGAAGAUUCUAUUAAAACAUAUUUACACCUCCAACAUGUGAGAACCACAAGGCAAACACUCCAGAGAGGAGUCCCUCAGACUAGGUGGCUGCCGCCCUCUCGUGGACAAAGUUGAAAAAAGGUUAAAUACACAGUCUCUGGCUUUUGAAUUUAAAAUGGUAUGAAUGAUAUUGAUCUAUGUAUUAUAUCAAUGAAUAUCAAGAGCUUUGCAGUUAAACUAGAACUAGUCUUAAUUUGGCCUCCUGUUAGCAAGAUGUUUGACUACAGUUGCUAUUACUAACACUGUGCAGCUUGGAAGGGGGAAUUGUUCUUAAAGGGAAAUAGCAUACACAACUACUGCGUUAUUCAAAUUGUAAUCUCAGACAAUUUGCAUUCUUCAGUCCAGAUUUCUUCAGAAAUAAUGUCAUGCAGGUGUGAUUAAAAAAAAUCAGAUCUGACUUCACACUGACACCAGAAAAAUUCACAAAGGAAAGACACAGAAACCUUAAGUAAGUUGCAAAGUGACAUUUCAUUCACAUUAGUUUUUUGUUCAUUUGAUAAAAUGUAUAGUUUUUGCAUCUUAGCAUCCUCCUUACUUUGUUUAUGAGAUGCCAAGAAAACGCUUCAGUCCUGCAAAACAUAUAUUAUAUUGCACAAUUUUAAAAGGUACAUUGAUUUCCCUAGAAGCCCUCUUGCACCAACAUUGAAACUGACAUCUUGCCUUCCAAAAUGAGCAGAUUAAACAUUAAAACUGUAUCCUCAUUUAAAGAUUUUUUUUAACUGUGAUAUUUUUUAACUUCUUUCUGUAUGCCUUUAGGUGGCAGCAGAGGGCAACCAAUCACAACAUGGUUUGUUAUUGCGUCCAUGUAAAGAUGAGGUCAUUCUAGUGCACCACUCCAGCCUGGACCAGCCCAUCCUGACAAUACAGUCAGAACAGUGAGCAGCACCUACAGUAUCCAGAACAAGAGCAUUAUGCCAGAUACUGCAUUUGUACCAGGCAGCAAAUGUGCAAAAACACUAAAGUAUUUAUAAAAUCUUUAUAUAUAAUGGUGGGGGUUGAUGGCUGUGUGUCUGCAGGUGUGUGCAGGGGUGCAUGCACAUGACGUGUGUCAAUAAAAAGCACUUGAGUCUGUAGCAAGGCUCUCCCACCAUAACUCUCAAUUAAAGAAAAAUCAAUCACGCCCAUGCCAAGGCCCCUAAUCCAAUCAGAGCAUUACGCUGUUAGGGGGAAACAUCAGACACAAACAGAGAUGGCCGCCGCGCGCUUUGUGAUUGUCUUAAUUGGAUAAAUCACGCCGGCUUAGAGGGGUCGCAGUCUCCAUCCAUCUGGACCAAUGUAUUGAUACCCCAUGCUGAUGGAGGGAAGAUGGAACACACUUCACCUUUUGUCUCUUUCUCUUUGUCUUAUUAGUACAAAAUGAAACAAAAAUGUAUAGAAAAUACCAAUAAUUGAUCUUCUGGUUUUACAUUAAAUUAGGGGGCUUAGGAUACAUCACAGGAUGUCCUAAAACGUGCCUUAAAUGUUGAUAAGAUUGUAAGAAUUGUAUUUGAUAGCACAGUUUACAAAACUAGUAAAUGACUUAUGUCAUGUUUUCUAAUGGCUGCUUGCUCUUACUUGGUUAAAUGUGUCUUUGGUAAAGAGAAAGAGUAAUAAUG